AUGCCGGUCUUCAUGCUCCACGGGUUCCGGUGGCCUCGCGCAGGUUUCACCGGAAUACGAGUCUACGUCGUCCUUCAUAAUUUGGAAGAAGCCGCCGCCGAGUACAUCCAGCAACCACUCACCACCGAGCUGCUGACCGAAUCCUUCAAAAAAACUCAACCUGACCUCGUUCCACGACUACCAGAACUGCGCUUCAUCGAGCAGUACGAUCCCAAUGACGAGACUGGUAACACCGUGAGCCAGGAAUACGCCUAUGUCGGCGCGAAGGUCGUCGUUUUCCCCGACGGCGGUGGUUUGGCGCCUGCGCCCGGCGCUGGGCCGGGAUUGAAUAUUGAAGAUGUUGUCGAGCAAGGGUCCGGUCUGACGGACGAUCAGACUGCAGCGCUGGAGGAACUCCGCGAUCGAUUAGCGCCCGGCGAGAAGAUUGGCUGGUUUAUGGUUUAUAAUGGUGAUCCGGAGAGAUAUUUCCCUCCAUCCGAGGACGAGGAUGAGGAAGAAUAUGAGGAGGAGGAGGAUAGCUACGUGGAUGAGAAAUCCGAGGCCCAGUCGCAAGCUGCGACUGAGCCGGGGACUCCCCAGAGUUAUACGGCUCGUCUGACGAGGCUCUUCAACCGCAUGAGCUCUUCUUGA